UCUUAUUUCUCAUUAUACUAGGGUUUUUGCAAGUAAAAUUCAACUCUCUCUCUAAUUUAUAGUUGAAUAAAACUAUAAUUAAUAGGUGGGUGCGUAUUGUGUGUUGCGAUUUGAUUUGAUGUCUAAAGUGAGUUCCAGUUCCAGAAGAAGAGAGGCGUAGGCGUAGCACUACACUGAUUUCUUUGUUUGUGUUUGUGAAAAUCAUCGAUCGGAAAUGGAAGGAGCAAUCAACCGAAAAGGGUACGCGUGGGCAGUAUAUGCCGGAUUCAAUGCCGCUCUUGCUGCCAUUUCCACCAAGCUCUCCGUUCACCAGUAUAUUAGAUACGCGCUGGUGUUAUUAUACAAUGUCACUAUGUGGGGUUGUUAUGUCAACAGUCUUAAGGCUCUCUCUUCUCUUCAAGCAACUGUCACCAAUUUUGCUACCAAUUUUAUCACCUCUGGUUUGGCUGGUUUCUUCUUCUUUCAUGAAUCACUCUCUCUCCAGUGGUUUGCAGGUGCCCUACUUAUCAUAAUUGGUGUGGUAAUACUUAGCAGCUCAGGUAUUGAGAAGAAGGUUAGCACGGAUUAGACGUUAAGGCUCAGCGUGAUACCUUUCAGGCUUGCUUGUUAAAGAUGGAGGCUAACAUCUGCAAACCGUAUGGAAGUAUACUUUGAACAAGAAUGUGAAAUAUCAGGAAUAGUCUAGUUAGAUCGUUUGCAUGGCAAUUCGCCUCACAUGAAACACAAACUGCGUAAUUUGCUUCGUGACUUUGCCAAAUUAAUAACUCCUGUUAUAUGCCAUUUAGGUUGUGGCAAUUGUUGUUAUUAGCCGCAAGCAACUUUUAGUUGAACCACCUGAUGGUUCUUUUAAGUUAUGUUUGUAUUAUGAUUUCAAGCUUCAAUUGUUAUAUUUUUAUC